AAAGAGCAUUCUUUUUUUUUUUUUCUCUUUAGAUUCUUUCGUUUCAAGUACUCUCUUAUCACUUUCUCUUUGUCUUGAGGAAAAGAAGAAAAAAAAAACUCUGAUUCUAUCUCUGGGCAUUUUCUUUUUCUCUUUUGUGGGACUUGACUAUCGUUUUCUAUAGACCCAGGGACCAAUUUGUGAACCAACAUGUGAAAGUGGGGGGUGGCAAAACAGUGAUAGAGAUUCACAAAAAAAAAAAGAUAGAAAAAAAAAGUUGAGAGAGAUCUAUGGGAGGUUCUUAAUGAUGGCAACGGUUCGUUUUUGCUUUUUGGGAUUUAUCAGGUUUAUGUCUUUGAGUACAUGAUGACGGCUAGCUUAAAGGGCCUGUUGUGGUUGACUGGAAAAUUUCAAGUUAUGCGGCUCUGGUCCUUGAAAAUGAAUGCUUUGUUUUUGAGGAAAUGACUGUGAGAGCUUCAAGUUACAGUGGGAUGUGAGAAAUUUGAGAUUUGGAGAGUGGGAGAUUUAAUGAAAAUGCUAUAUGUUUUGGUAUGUUUGUUUAAGUCAAAAGGGAUUCCACAGUGGUACACAUUGAUGCUUUGAUCAUGACCAGGGGUGUUAGUGAUAGGAUACUCAAGGAUGCAAAUGGUAACAUUAGUGAUCAUCUACGGAACCACAUUCAUUUGACUAAUUGUAUCCACUUGAAGAACCAUAUGCAUAAGCACAGCCCGAUGUUGGCGGAUAGGUCGCUUAUGAGGGACCUUAUAGUACUUCAAAGAUCGCGGUCCCUUAGGGACCCGUCUGCCAGUCCUCCUUCUUGGCAUUCACCUUCUGUUGUUGAUUUGCUUUACAAGAAGGGUGAUAGGGGUGCUGUUCGGGAAGGGAGAAGGUCUUUGGGUGCCGAGGUGCAAGCGGAUGGAAGGAGGGUUUCGGUAAGCUCACCACCUUUAGCUGCAAUGGGUGAAGCUAGUGGGGUCAAUGAAGGAGUACCGGUGACUAGUGAUCGUAGUACUAAGAGUGGAGCUAGAGAUAGUAGAAGAGUUAGGAGAGAAGAAUCUGGUAGGAGAAGUAGUAGGACUGAUCUUAUAGGUGAAAACAAGGAGCCUGUAAUGGAGCAAGAUGGUAAUGAUUUGGCUCCUGAUGCAAUCUCGGGUAAUUCUGAACUGAAGAAUAGGAAGAGUAAAAAGGUAAAAGGGAAGCAAACACAAGUGGUUCAAAUCAAAACUCUAUCCGAGCAAUUGAAUGAUGUGCCCCUGGAUAAUGAUGAUGUAGCAUCUUCAAAUGUUUGUGGCAGGCAUGCUAGACCAGAAAAAACACCUGAAGUCGCUGCCGUCCAUGGUCAUUCAAGUGGAUUAAACAGGGUGAAAAGGCGUAAGUUUCGAGGGACAAGAAGAUCUCGGGCUGCUCCUUCCUCUAGAGAGGUUGGAGUUCAAAAUGAGUUGUCAGUGGCUUCUAAUUCAUUCGCUCAGGGUUCUUUGCAUCCAAAGUAUGGUAUGGAAGAGGAAGAAAAUGAAUAUGAUGAUCGGAAUGUCACUAGGGCCCCUAGAAAUGGGUGUGGGAUCCCUUUUAAUUGGUCGAGAAUCCACGAUAGGGGUAAAACUUUCCUUGACAUAGCAGGGAGGAGCUUUUCUUGUGGUUUAUCGGAUUCUAGAUUACGGAAAGGUCGGUCAGGUUCCCAUGGAAGAAAUGCUCCUGAAAUGCCUGUUGAAUCUGAUCCAUCAAGCUCAUCAGCAAAAUCCAAUGCGGAGGCGCUGCCUCUUCUAAUCGAAGCAUCUGGAUCUCUAGACAGCACCGAGAAUGCUCGUUGGGUGAAUGACUAUUCAGGUGAGCUAGGUAUAUUUGCUGAUAAUUUGUUGAAGCGCAAUGUUGAUUCUGACCUUGCUUCUGAAGCUAGAUUCGGUAACCAACGCAAGCUAGGCAGGAACCUCCGUAGCAGGCACCAAAAUAUAACACAAAAAUACAUGCCAAGAACCUUUAGAGACCUUGUUGGACAAAACUUGGUCUCACAAGCCCUUUCUAAUGCCGUUAUGAAAAGGAAAGUCGGGUUACUUUAUGUGUUUUACGGACCUCAUGGAACAGGAAAAACUUCCUGUGCUCGGAUAUUUGCCCGAGCUUUGAAUUGUCAGUCAGUUGAACAGCCUAAACCUUGUGGUGUUUGCAAUUCUUGUAUUUCACACGAUAUGGGAAAGAGUCGAAAUAUUCGAGAAGUUGGUCCUAUAAGUAACUUCGACUUCGAGAGCAUUAUGGAUUUACUGGAUAAUAUGAUCAUCUCUCAACUGCCUUCGCAGUACAGGGUUUUUAUAUUCGACGACUGCGAUACUUUGUCCUCUGAUUGUUGGAGUGCCAUUUCAAAGGUCAUUGAUCGAGUGCCCCGGCGUGUGGUUUUUAUUCUUGUGAGUUCAAGUCUUGAUAUUCUGCCUCAUAUAAUCGUGUCCAGGUGUCAGAAAUUUUUCUUCCCCAAGCUGAAGGAUGCAGAUAUCAUUUAUUCUUUGCAGUGGAUCGCAUCCAGAGAGGACAUCGAAAUCGAGAAAGAUGCGGUUAAACUGAUCGCAUCACGAUCAGAUGGAUCGUUGAGGGAUGCCGAGAUGACACUCGAGCAGCUCAGCUUGCUUGGGCGGAAAAUCUCUGUUCUUCUGGUUCAAGAACUGGUCGGGCUUAUCUCUGAUGAAAAGCUGGUGGAUCUUCUCGAUCUCGCAUUAUCUGCAGACACGGUAAACACCGUAAAGAGCUUGAGGGUGAUAAUGGAAACCGGUGUGGAGCCUUUAGCUUUGAUGUCACAGCUUGCUACGGUGAUAACUGAUAUUCUUGCUGGCAGUUAUGAUUUCACUAAAGAAAGGCAUAGACGGAAGUUCUUUCGCCGACAACCAUUGUCCAAAGAAGAUAUGGAGAAGCUACGCCAAGCUUUGAAAACAUUAUCUGAGGCAGAAAAACAACUGAGGAUGUCGAAUGACAAACUGACAUGGCUAACCGCUGCUUUGCUUCAGCUUGCUCCAGAUCAGCAGUAUAUAUUGCCUAUAUCUUCCGCUGGCACUAGUUCUCAUCACAGCCCCUUGCCUCUAAGCGAUGUGGACAGAAGACAUGAUGUCCGUAAGAGUUCUAGAGGCUUAUCGAAAAAUGCUCGGCCUGAAAAUCUCCAUGCUGGAAGUUUAGGGAAUUUUGAAACUGGUAUGGUUAACGGUAUACAUUUCGAUAGAAAGAGGCAUGCUGCGUCUGGGAUGGCUCCUCAACAAACAUCAAUAGUCUUUACUGAGAGGCAGAAUUUAGUCAAAAACCGCAACGGGAUCGAAGAAAUUUGGUUGCAGGUGCUUGAGAAGAUUCAAGUUAGUGGUCUAAAAGAGUUUUUAUAUUCAGAAGGAAAGCUGAUCUCUGUCAGUUUAGGCGCAGCACCAACUGUACAGUUGAUGUUCAGUUCACCUAUGACCAAAUCUAAGGCGGAGAAAUUUAGGGGGCAUAUUUUACAAGCAUUCGAGACUGUUCUUGGUUCGUCGGUGACAGUUGAAAUUAGAUGUGAAGCAAAGAAAGAUGCCCGAGCUGGGGUCGGUCCAUCUCAGAUGGUCAUGGAUCCAGAGUCUAAUUCUAGAAAUAGGAUGCAUGCCGGGGUCGGCUCCCAAGCUCAGCAAGCAGGGAAUGAAAUUGUUGAAAUACCAGCUUCUCCAAGAGAAGCCAAGGAUAACGAACAUGCUGAUAACUUUGAAUCUAACAUAAGAGGUUUAACACUGGCCGAUGCUGCAACUUAUAGGAAACCGACAUUGGCAGGAAGACGGAAACUCGGGGAACUAAGUAAGAGUCAAAGCAUCGUUAGAAGUAAAGUGUCCCUCGCACACGUAAUUCAGCAGGCAGAAGGAUGCACGCAACGAAACGGAUGGUCAAAGCGCAAAGCAGUUUCCAUUGCCGAAAAGCUCGAACAAGAGAACCUGAGAUUGGAACCUCAGUCGAAAAGCUUGCUUUGCUGGAAAGCAACUAGAGUAACACGCCGAAAGCUCUCACGCUUGAAGAUUAGGACACGAAGACCGCACUCGUUAUUGAAGUUCGUUUCCUGCGGAAAAUGUCUCUCUUCUAAAUCUCCUAGGUAGGAUAAAUAACAAGAAAAUUUUUGGAUGGCUUUGAAGGGUUGGUGCCUAACUUGAUUGAAUUCAUAUUUACAUUUGUAAUUACCCAUUUUCUUGCUGGUUUACGACGUAAGUUCGAUCUGUGAAAUUUUUUUUUCUUUGAAUAAAUUACAAGCCUUCUUCCACUUCCCUCCCGGAAUUAAUUUCAGCCUAUAUUGAGUUGCUGCGGAUUCGAUUUUCUGCCAUCCAUGGUGGUGGUAACUGAAGAAAUGACCCAAGGCAGGUAUAUAGGGGGGGGGGGGGGCUGAAACCUCCAUAGCCAUAGUGAAAUCUUGGUUUGCCUAGUUCAUAACUUUGUUUAGCGAAUGAGUUUAAAAUUAAAAUAUUUGAGCAAGUGUUACUGUAAUGUAAGGAUUCGAAUGAAUUUUGUUCAUAUUACCUUUUGAUACUGCUUGUGCUCUUGGAAUCC